AUGUCGGCGCUGCUCCGCGCUGCUGCGCGAUGCGCGCGGGAGGGCAUCAAGAGGAGCGGAGCGGAGAGAUUCCCCGCGCGCGCCGGCCUUAGCGCGCGCGCCGGCGGGCUCGUGGACGGUUGGACGAGUGCGGCUCGACCGCUGCUAGUAGGGCGCCUCGGAGGGAGCCGCGAGGUGCAUAGCGGGCCGCCUGUUUCCGAGGCGCCUCAGAGACAGAGUCCGCUGGCAGUAGCGCGCCUCGGGGGGUGCCGCGAGGUGCAUAGCGGGCAGCCGAUAAUCAUGGCGAAGCGCGGCGCGGACCUGCUGCACGACCCGUGGUACAACAAGCACACGGCGUUUGAAGCGCCUGAGAGGGACCGGCUGGGGCUGAGGGGGCUGCUGCCGCCAGGGUACCAGACAAUGGACGAGCAGGUGGCGCAGUUCAUGUCGGAGUACAGGAAGAUGGACCAGAAGCCUCUCAUGCCAGACGACCCGGUUGACCUGCAGAAGUGGCGCAUCCUCAACCGCCUGCACGACCGUAACGAGACACUCUACUACCGGGUUUUGAUAGACCACAUUCAGGAGAUGAGUCGCAUUCUCUACGUGCCAACAGUUGGCACCGUGUGUCAAAAGUACAGCAGCCUGUUCCGGCGCCCCCGAGGCAUGUACUUCAGUGCGGCGGACAGGGGCGAGAUGGCGAGUAUGGUGCACAACUGGCCGGCAGACAAGGUGGAUGUGAUAGUGAUGACGGAUGGCAGCAAGGUGCUGGGGUUGGGAGACCUGGGAGUGCAGGCCAUAGCCAUUCCGGUGGGCAAGCUCGACAUGUAUGUCGCUGCAGCCGGCAUCCCCCCCAACCGGGUGCUUCCAGUGAUGUUCGAUGUUGGCACCAACAAAGAGACGCUCAUAAAGAAUCCCCUCUACCUGGGCUUGCGCCACCCUCGUCUGGACGGGGAGCACUACCUGUCCUUAAUGGACGAGUUUAUGGAGGCAGUCUUUUCACGCUGGCCUAAUGUGAUCGUGCAGUUUGAGGACUUUGAGAUGCGGUGGGCCAACACGCUCAUGGAGCGCUACAAGUCACAGUAUCGAAUCUUUAACGAUGAUAUCGAGGGCACAGGCGGAGUGGCAGUGGCGGGCAUUCUCAACGUGCUGCGGGCGCAGCACCUCCCUCCUAAAGCUCUUGCCGACACCAGAGUGGUGGUUGCUGGCACUGGCAGGGAAGCGGAAGGAGUGCUGACAGCUGUGCGGAGGGCAAUGGCUACGCAGAUCGGGCAGGGCAAAGCCGCCAUGGAUCGGGCAGCUGAAAACUUCUGGCUCGUGGAUGACCAGGGUCUCAUGACAGUCGCGAGGGUGAGCUGUGCCCUGGAGUUUGAAGACUUCUUGAGGCGGUCGAACGAGGAUGAGAGGCUCAAGGAGGGAACGAGUCUGGCGCACGUGGUGAAGCGGGUGAAGCCGCAUGUGCUGGUGGGGCUGACCGGAUCGGGCCAUCUGUUUGACGACGACGUCCUAAAAGCCAUGAAGAAUGCCGAUGUGUCGCGCCCGGCCGUCUUCGCGCUCUCCCAACCUGUCAAGCAAGCGGAGUGCACGGCACAGGACGCAUUCAAGCUGCUGGGUCCCAACGCUCUCUUUGCUAGUGGAUGCACCUUCCCUGACGUUCGAUUCCCGAACGGCAAGGUGGGGCACACGAGCCAAGCCAACAACGUGUUCCUUUCGCCAGGCAUUGUGUCGGGGUCUCUCCUCUCGGGCGCUCGCAUGAUAUCAGAUGGCAUGCUGCAGGCUGCAGCGCACCAGCUAGCAGAGUACAUGACAGACGAUCAGGUGCACAGGGGUAUGCUGUACCCAUGCAUGAGCCACAUCCGUGACAUCACAUCCCAUGUGGCGGUGGCCGUGGCAAGGCGGGCGGCGGAGGAGGACCUAGCGGACGGCAUUUCCAACUUGCGUGCCGACCAACUGCUUACCAUGUCCAAGUGCAGUGCAUCCAUUGUUGAGUCCGCACCAUCGUCCGCACCGGAGGAAUAUGCAGCGGGACUCGCCGUGACGGGAAUCGCCGCGGGGGCAGCGCCGGCUGCGGCGGCGCUCCCGAUCUGCCCGCGGACGGGUGCGCGGCCCGUGAAGCCGACAGUGCCGCCCAUUCGGUGCCUGUCUGCCGCCCAGUACACGUGCUGUAGCUCGUGCGAGGACUUCGUCAUCUCGCUACAGCAGGUAGGCCGUCAUCUCGCUACAGCAGGUAGGCCGUCAUCUCGCUACAGCAGUUCCCCGUCCCCCCCGCAGAACGCGGUGAACGCGACGGCGUUGUUGCUGGCUGUACCGCCGAGCCGCGUGCUACAGCUGGCGGACUCCACUUUUCACCCCUUCCCUCCUUGUCCCAUUACUUGUCCCCGCACUCACCCCUUUCCCCCCACCUCCGCAGAACGCGACAGCGGAUCGUACUUUGCGCUUCUCCCCAAGCCAACGACAGCGGGUCGUACUUCGCGCUGCUCCCCAAGCCAACGGUUUCGGUGCGCAAGAACACUCUUGGAGUCGAUUGCGAACCCCUCCCCACCGCUCCCAACCACCCACCCUCCCCCACCCUCUCCCACUCGAGCAGACAGCGGAUCUUACUUCGCUCUGCUCCCAAAGCCCACUGUCUCAGUGUACAAGAACACUCACAGUGGGGUACUUGGCGCUGCUGCCCAAGCCCAUGUUGUCGGCGUGCAAGAACGCUCUUGGAGUCGAUUGCGUAGGCGUGUAAACCCCUCCCCACCGCUUCCACCCGUCUUCCCCCCUGCCGCACCGCUCCCCCUUUCCACAACAGACAGCGGGUCGUACUUCGCUCUGCUCCCCAAGCCCAUGGUCUCGGUGUACAGCGGAUCGUACUUCGCGAUUCUACCCAAGCCCACUGUAUCGGUGUGCAAGAACGUAUCGCAGCAAUUCUACGGCGCCGUGAAGGACGUGACUUUCCCCGGGUUCCCCGGCACGCUAGGCUCGUUUGUCAACAGCCCCGACACAUUCACCCGGCAGCUCUUCCAAGGAUUCGCGACUGCGGUUGGCAUUAAGGAUUUGCAAGUCAACUUCGUGGAUCCCCUUCUCAAGGCCUGUUGGAACAUGACGGGCCGGACCCUCCCUGCUGCUGCCGGCUGCUGCGACCCCUUCAUUCUCCCCGCCACCUGUCCCUCCAAUCGUUUCCCUCUCCAUGUGCACCUUCUCUCCCUCCCGGCCACCUGCCCCUCCAGUCUCCCCGCCAAUGUCACACCCACCGUCCCUCCGUUCAUUUCCCUCUCCAUAUCCCCCUCCCCCCCGUCCCCUCCCCAUCCAGCCCCUUCUCAAGGCCUGUUGGAACAUGACGGGUCGGCCCCUCCCUGCCCCUGCAGGCUGCUGCGACCCCUUCAUCCUCCCCGCCACCUGUCCCUCCAAUCGUUUCCCUCUCCAUGUGCACCUUCUCUCCCUCCCGGCCACCUGCCCCUCCAGUCUCCCCGCCAAUGUCACACACCCACCGUCCCUCCGUUCAUUUCCCUCUCCAGAUCCCCCUCCCCCCGUCCCCUCCCCAUCCAGCCCCUUCUCAAGGCCUGUUGGAACAUGACGGGUCGGCCCCUCCCUGCCGCUGCAGGCUGUUGCGACCCCUUCAUUCUCCCCGCCACCUGUCCCAACAAUCUCCUCGACACCGUCGCCCACCCCGAAUACCUCAAAGUGCUGAACCGAACCAUUCCAAGCUUCUGCAGCAACCAGACGGACGCCGCCGCCCCUCCGUCCUCCUCGCCGCCCGCACCUGGGGAAUCUCCUGCUGGUUCGUCUCCGCCCGCACCUGGUAGUCUGGCAAGCGGUAACUCUAGUGCUGCUGGCACCAGCGGCUCCUUCACGCAGUCAAUGAUCGGACAGCGGCGCGUCUACGCCGGAAGCCAUUCGCCGAUAACGACGGCGUACGGAGGUAACGGCCUCGUCACCGACUCGCCUGCGAGCGCCAAUCGCGGCCGCCAUGGCGAUACCAAGGCGCCUCGACAUUUAGAAGAGAAGAACCUUCGUGACUCGCCGCAAGUCGCGGAGAUAAAGCCCCGCAAGUCGGAGUCGCAAGUCGAUUCGCUGCAGGCGCCGCGAAGGAGCGUGGACGGUGACGUGGCUCGCGCUGACGGUGACGUGGCGGCGGCGAUUGAUGACGUGGAAAUGGAGGAGGAUGACGCGCACUCGGCAGCAGAAUCGUUUUUCACCGACGGAGGAUCAACCGCGAGUCCUUAUCAUUACUUCCCGGCAAGAACGGGCGGAGAGGGAGGAACGUUUAACCAAAGCCCUUACCAUUACUUCGCGGCAGGAGCGGGCGGAGAUGGGGGAGAGGGAGGAGGAAGUGGAGGGUUCACCGCGAGUCCAUAUCAUCGUCUUUCCAAAGAGACGGGAGAAGGGGGAGCAGCGUCAACCAGUAGUGGUUACCGUUUGUCUGUUGACGGAAGGGGGGACGAGGGAGGGGAGAGAGGAGAGGGAGGGGGAGGAGAGGAGAGCGAGGGGGGAGGAGGUGAGGGGAGGGGAGAGGUACUAACAGGAGGGCCCAUGGAUUUUGUAAGGGCAGGGGCAGAAAUAGGAGGAGCAGCAGGGGCAACAGCAGCAGAACCAGCAGCGGCAGCAGCACCACCAGCAGCAGCGGCAGGGGCAGCAGUGGGAGGUCUAGACCUUGAAACUAUAGCAAUGGACGGGGAGGGGACGGGAGAGGGGGCAGAUGAGGGGGAUGGGGAGGGGGAAGGGGAGCGAGAAGGGAAGGAAAUUGACAACGUGAGUGACGUUAUGACUCUAGAUCUUGUGAGUAUAGCGAUGGACGGGGAGGGGGAUACCUCCGACGAGGAGGAAGAGAAUCGGAUCUUAUCACAACGAGACGAUUUGGGCGACAAAGGCGAAAACGGUUGGGAAGGGAAAGGGGAGUUCCCGGAGUUGGGAGCGAUGAGGGGCAGCAGCUUCCUGGAAAGUGCGUUCGUGAGUGGGCGGGCGAAGCAGCAGCUGAGUCUGUCCAGCAUUCUGGCGAGCGGGUUUGGGAGCACUGCGGGCGGCAGUGUGGGCGGCAGUGUGGGCGGCAGCGCGGGCGGCAGUGUGGAUGGUGCAGCGGUCGGGAAUAGCUGUGCUGUUGCAAAGUUGGUUCAGGAGCUUAAGGCUGAGGCUCGGUACAAGGAUGCGGAGGCUCGGAUAAAGGAGUCCGAGGCUCGGAAUAGGCUCGGGGAGGUUCGGCACAAGGCGGCGACGCAGUGGCUGGAGAUGACGGAGCAGCGGCUGGUGCUGACUCAGCGCCAGCUCAGCGAGGCCCGGAGUGAGCUGGCGGCGGGGAAGAAACAGCUGGAAAGCGUACAGAGAGAGCUGGCGGGGGAGAGGGUGAGGGUGGGGGAAAUGGAGGGGCAAGUGGGGAGGCUGAGGGGGGAGAUUGUGCGGAUGCAGGGGGAAUUGGAGAGGGAGAGAGGGGAGGUGGGGAGGGUUCGGGCGGAAGGGGAAGAGCUUAGGAGGAAGGUUGCUUCUGCAGAAUCAGCAUUAAAACAUACCAUGGCGCAGGUGCAGCAGGAGCAGCAGCGGGCGGAGGAGGCAGCAGAGGCGAUGGGGGAGAUGAGCAGGCGAGUGGCGGAGAGGGUGGAGGAGGAGAGGGUGUUGCGGGCGGAGAUAGAAGCAGCUGCCGUUAGAAGGGUGGAGGAGCUAGAGAGAGAGCUUGAAUCGUUAAAAGCUGAUUCGUUACAGCGUUUGAAGGCUUUGCAGAGUGAACUGGAAGGGAGAGAAGAGCAGCAGAGGGAGAGGGAGAGGGAAACGGCGAGGGAGAAGGAGAGAGAGAGGGAUGAGGAGAGGGAGAGAGAAGGGAGGCAGAUGGAGGUGAAGUGGAGAGAGGCUGAGGAGGGCAGAUGUCGGGCAGAAGAAGCACUGAGAGGGGCAGAAGAAAGAUUGCAACGGGCAGAGGAGGAAAGAACAGCAGCAGAGGAAGCAAAGAAGCGGGCAGAGGAGGAAAAAGCAGCAGCAGAAGAGGCAAAGAAACGGGCAGAGGGGGACAAAGCAGCAGCAGAAGAGGCAAAAAAACGGGCGGAUAGGACAAAGAGGCGAGUUGAAGCAGAGAGGAAGGAAGCAGUGGAGGAAAGGGAUAGGCUUAAAGAGGAAAAGGAGAGAGCUAUAGAGGAAAGGGAUCGAGUAGUGAAAGAGAUAGACAGAGUUAUUACAGAGGGAGAGGAGGCUAUAGGGCGGGCAAAGAGGGCUGAAGAAGGAAAGGAGGAAGCAGAAAGGAGGGCGAAGGAGAGUGAGGAGCGGUUGAGACAGGUGGAGGAGAGAGUGAGGGAGUUGCAAGUGAGGGAGAAGGAAUUGGAGGAGGAGGGGAGGAGGUGGAGGGAGGUGGUUGGUGAGGUGGAGAGGGAGAGGGAUGGAGUGGUGAGUGAGAAAGGGAGGUUGGAGGAGAGAGUGAGGGGGCUUGAGAGAGAGAAAGGGAAGAAGGAGAGGUGGAUAGAGGAGGUUAGGAGAGAGAGGGAGGAGAUUGGAAAGCGGGUAGAAGAAAUGAUGAAGAGUAAGGGGGAGUUGGAGAGGAGGUUGGACGAGGUAGUGAGAGAUCGGGGGGAGGGAGAGAGGGAGAGGGAUAGGGUGAUUGAAGGGAAAUGGGCGGUUGAACAGAGGCUGGCGAUUGUGACUGCAGAGAAAGAAGAGGUUGAGAGGAAGUGUGCUUCUAUUGAAAGGGAGAAGCAAGAGAUUGAGGAAGCCAAGGGUGUGAUUGAAACGAGGGCUGCUGGGGCUGAGAAGGAGGUGCGUUUGUUGGAGUCGCAAAAAGGAGAGAUGGAACGGCAGGUGCUUUUGUUACAGUCACAAACGGGUGAGAUGCGGCAGAAAGUACUUUCGUUAGAGUCACAAACGAGUGAGUUGCAGAAGAAAGUAGUUUUGUUAGAGUCACAAAAGGGUGAGUUGGAAGGGAGGGUGGGCGAGAAGGAGAGGCGAGUGAAGGACCUAGAGGGGACCCUGCAGCAGAGGGCUCAGGAGAUUUCAACAAAAGCCCAGGAGAUUCUGCAGAAGGCUCAGGUGGUUUCUCAGGUGCAGCAGGAAAUAGGGAAGCUGAAGAAAGGGAUGAGGGAGAAGGAGAGGGAGCUGGGGAGGAUGGAGAGAGAAGGGAAGGAGAGAGAGAGGAGCGUGGUUGAGAUGGAGAGGCGGUUGGGGGGGAAGGAAAAGGAGAUAGGGGAGAUGAGGGAGAGGAUGGAAGGGAGGGGGAAAGAGAUUGCUGUUUUGGAAGGGAAACUGAAGGAGAAAGAGGGGGCAAUUGAAGGGUUUGCAGCGCGGUUGAGAGGGAAAGAAGAGGAGAUUAGUGAGUUGAAGAGCAGAGAGGAAGGGAGGGAGAGGGUGGUUAAAGGCCUUGAGGCCGAUGUGAGGAGCAAGGGAGAGGAGAUUAGAGAGUUGAAGAGUGGAUUGGAAGGGAGGGAGAGGAAGGUGGGGGAGAUGAAAGCAGUGGUGGCAGAGAGGGAAAGAGCAGUGGAGGAUUUAGAGGAGCAGGUGGGGAGGAGCGAGAGGGAGGCAGUUGGUUUGACGGCGGAGAUCAGGGAGCGAGAGAGGGAGAUUGCUGACCUGCAGAUAGCUCUAAGCGAAGCGCAGGUGGCUUAUAACGAGUCGCAGGAUGCUUUAGAGAGGACAAGGGAGUCUCUGAGUGUAUCUGAGCAGGCGCUAAGUGACGCCAGGUUGGAAUCUGCCGCCCUGAAGGAGCACCUGGCGGACCUGGAAAAACACCUGGCGGCAACAGAGAGGCAGGUGGGCGCGAAGGAUGAGCACCUGAGCGGGAUUGCGAGGCACCUGGCGGCCACAACAGAGGACCUGGCUGCUGUUCAGGCAGACCGGGCGGCCGCACAUGAGGAGGCGGAGAGGCUGAGGGGAGAGGUGGAGCGGUUAGGAGAAGAGGUGGAACGGUUGGGGGGAGAGGGAGAGCGGUUGAGGGAAGAGGGAGAGCGGUUGAGGGAAGAGGGUGAGGGACUGAGGAAAGAGUUGAGGAGUGUUCAAGGGCAGCUUGGGGAAGCACAAGGAGAGGUGGAGCGUAGGAGAGGCGAGGGAGAACGGUUGAGGGAAGAGGGGGAUGAAGCUAGAAAGAAGCUAGUGGUUGUGCAAGGGGAGGUUGCAGCAGCACAGGAGGAGGUGGAGAGGUUACGAGGAGAGGUGGAACGGUUGAGGGGAGAGGGGGAGGAGCUGAGGGGGAGGCUGGAGAGUGUUCUGCAAGAGAAGGAGACUAUAACGAGGGAAGCUGGUGUGCUUAGAGAGGGGAAGGAGGCACUAGAGAGGGAAAGGGAGGAGCUGAUAGGUGAAGUGGGGGCGGUGAGAGGGGAAGUGGGGAGGGUAAGGGAGAUGCUUGCAGCAGAAGAAGCAGAGAAGCGGGAUUUGGAAGGGAGGCUGAGAAGGGCUGAGGAGGAGAGAGAGGAGGCGAAGAUGGGGCUGGGUUUGGUGAAUGAUGAGGUGGAGAGGCAGUGUGGUGUGAUAGCAGCAGGGGAAGAGGAGAGAGCGAGAGUGAGAGAGGAGUUGGGAAGGGUGGAGGUAGAGAGGAAGAGGCUUGAAGAUGAGGUGGUGGUGUUGAGAAGAGACGAGGAAAGGCUUCAGGGGGAGUUUGCGAGAGUUUCAGAGGAGAAAGAGCGAGCAUUGGGGGAAGUGGCAAGGGUUUCUGGUGAGUUAGAGCGAGAGAGGCGUGAGGUGAACCGAGUAUUGAGUAAAUUGCAGCAAGCUACGGUUGAGUUGGAGGGGUUGAGAGUGGCACUGGGGAGUGCGGAGGAGAGAGUGAGGAGUGGGGAGGAGAAGGGGAGGGAGUUGGAGGAACGGUUGAGUCAGGUCGAGUCCGAUGCAGAGCAGUUGAGAGAGCGGGUGGAGGGGCAGGAAAGGGAGAAAGUGGAGCUACUGCAGUUGCUGGGGGAAGCGAGGGAGGGAGAGAGAGAGCUAGAAAAGCAGGUUGCACAGACGAGGGAGGAGGUAGAGAGAGUGAGGGAGGAGUGCAACAGAGUGGAAGGGGAGAGGGAGAGAGAGGAGGAGCUGAGGGCGAGAGUGGAGAGGGAGCGGGAUGAAGUGAAGAAGGAAGGAGAGGAGAAGGAGAAGGAGCUGAAGCAGGAAUUGGAAGAAAGGGAACGAGAUCUUGAUGUGUCAAGGAAAGAAGCAGAGGUGUUGCGAGGGGAGGUGAGAUGCGUGGGUGAGGAGUUGAGUGCGGUGAGAAGAGAGGUAGAGAAGAAGAAAAAAGAGUUGGAGAAGAAGGAAGGAGAGCUUGAGGGCGUGAGGGGUGAGCUAGAGGGCAGGAUCAGAGCUCUGGAAACCACAAGAAGCAACCUGGAAACCGCAAGGAACGAUCUGGAAAAGAGCGAAAGGGAACUGGAGGGAACCAGGGAAGAGUUGGAGAGGGUAAGUGGGGAGUUGGAGUGUGCGGGAAGGUAUGGGAAGCAGCAAGAGGAGAGGGCUGCUGAGCUGGAGGGUCGAUUGGGUGCAGCAGAGAAGAGCCUUAGAGAGAAAGAGAGUACUCUGAGAGAGAAGCAGGAGAUUAUUCAGGGGCUUCAGGAUCUGGUGGUGAGCUUGCAGACAGCUAAGGAGGCACUGCGAGAGGAGAUGGUGGGGCGAUUGGCUGAAGCGAAUGAGAGAUUGAUUGUGAAAGAGAAGGUUGUAUGUGAGAAGGGAGAGGAGAUUGAGGGGUUACAAGACCUGGUUGCAGGUUUAGAAGGGAGUAAGAAGGAGUUGGAGGAGGUGAAGGGGGUUUUGGAGGGGCGGAUUGAGGGGUUGAGGGAGAGGAUUGGAGAGGCUGAGAGGCGGGUUGAUGAGGUGGAGAGGGAGAGGGAUGACGUGGUGGCAAGGGCGGCUGCCAGGGUGGCAGAGGCAGAGGGCGACGUGGCGGAGAAGCGCGCUGAGCUGGCGCUGGCGAAUCAGGAGCUGGCGGUGCGCGCGGGGCAGAUUGCUGAGCUGUCGUCGCAACUGGACGAGGCCAAGGCGACUGUGAAGGUGAGGAGGAGAGAAGCCAUACCCCCCUCUCCACAACCCCACUCUCGCCUUCCCUCUCAACCCCACUCACUCCACUCUCUACAAUCCUGCCUCUCUCCCCCUUCUGAUUCGACUCAAAAGUCUUCCCUCUCCAACUCACUCCACUCUCUACAAUCCUGCCUCUCUCCCCCUUCUCCAACUCCCCUUUCUCUCCCCCUCCCCAUUCUCCCAUCCACAGCACCACGCGAAUUCGCAUUAGAAAGCUUGACAUGGUGUCACCAUGCGGACCGCAUUCGAAUGCUGGACAUGGUGUGUGCGGUGAGGGAGGAGGAGAUGAAGAAGCUAGAGGAGCAGCAGGGGGCGGCAAGGCAGGAGGCGUUGGAGAGAGUAAUGGACCGGGACAAACAGAUCGCUGAUUUGAGAGCCAAGCUGCAAUCUGAGUCGUCCAGUGUCUUUGAGGCUCGAAACAGGAUUCAAGCUUUGGAGCGAGCAAAGCAGCGCAUGCAAGCAUCACUGACCGAGGCGCAGCAGCAAAUAGGGGCAGCAAUAAGGGAGAGGGAUGAGGUGAAGGCGGAAAUUGCAAAGCUGAGAGUGAAAUGGGCCGUGCCGUCGCCUGCUGGGAACAACAUUAAGCCGUCGGCUAUCAAAGCAAAGCAGUUGCAGUGA